CAAUCAGAUUCGUCGGCCUACCCUCUCAUUGAAAAAAGGGGCGAAAGACUAAAAACGUUGUGGCUUCGCUCCGGCGAUUGUUUACACUUCAGAAUUUAUACCUAUAUUUCAAUACAUGAAAUGGCUUCGACAUUACUUUCACCCAUGGUGGAUUAUUAUAACGACGAGGAAGAGUUAGACAGUGUCGAUGAGGAUGGCGAUCGCAGUUUCAGAGGCAGAGACUCAGAGGAAGACACGGAAGAUGCCAGUGAAACCGAUCUGGCCAAACAUGAUGAUGACGACUAUGUUGAAAUCAAAGAACAGAUGUAUCAAGAUAAACUGGCAUCCCUGAAACGUCAGCUACAGCAACUGCAAGAAGGCACACUGCAAGAGUACCAGAAGAGGAUGAAAAAGCUUGAUCAGCAAUAUAAAGAGAGAUUACGUAACGCUGACCUCUUUUUACAACUUGAGACAGAGCAGGUGGAGAGGAGCUACAUCAAGGAGAAAAAAGCCGCAGUGAAGGAGUUUGACGAUAAGAAGGUGGAACUAAAGGAAAAUCUAAUAGCAGAGCUGGAGGAGAAAAAGAAAAUGAUCGAGAAUGAGAAAUUGACAAUGGAGCUGACAGGAGAUUCCAUGGAGGUGAAACCCAUUAUGACCCGGAAGCUCAGAAGGCGACCCAAUGACCCGGUUCCUAUUCCAGACAAGCGGAGAAAACCUGCUCCUGCCCAGUUAAACUAUUUACUAUCUGAUGAACAGAUCAUGGAGGAUCUAAGAACAUUAAAUAAGCUUAAGUCUCCAAAAAGACCAGGUAUGGACGUUUUGUCUUUUAGAGCAUCUCCGGCCUCUCCCGAGCAUCUUCCAUCCACUCCAUUGGACACCCCAUCCCAGCGGUAUGAGGCACGAAUCGAAGAAGGCAAACUUUACUAUGAUAAAAGAUGGUACCAUAAAAGUCAAGCAAUCUAUCUGGAGUCCAAGGAGAACACCAAGAUUAGCUGUGUCAUCAGCUCAGUGGGGACCAAUGAGAUCUGGGUGAGGAAGACGAGCGACAGCACGAAGAUGAGGAUAUACUUAGGGCAGCUGCAGCGAGGAGCCUUCAUCAUUAGACGCCGAUCUGCGGCGUAGACAUCACGCCACGUCCUCUUUCUUCCUCUUCUGUAUAUUUUUUUAACGAACAUUUCAACGCUCUUCCUGUUUUACCGAGUCACCUACUGCAUACUUGCUCUUCGUCAUAUUUUUCUUCACACAUACAGUAUAUACCUUACCAAAGUAUAUCAUGAAAUGUGUAUUUCGAAUGAAUUUUGCAUUGCAGUCACUCGACUUCAAACAAUACAUGAGAACAGAGAAAACGCCACGUGAUUGUGCCAUUGUAUUUUUAGCAAGAGAUUUGUAAGUCACGCAAUAAUCUGUUCUCUCUGUUAGGACUUUGUAAAUGUGGGAUUUCGAAUUACUUUGCAACUUUUAAUAUUGUAUCCAGUCGAACGUUUAAAUAAAUUUGGCUCACGCAGUGCAAACGACAUUUAA